CGCCGUAGCUGAAUCAGGCUUUGGGCAGUUUGUCGAGCUGUGAUUACGAGGCGAGAGCAUGUCAGUAUAGACCGAAAGCUGACCGAUGGUAUAGAUGAAUAAGAAUCUGCUAAAAGAUGCAGCUAUCGAAAUAGCUGAAGAAAAUUGACAGGCUUUAUACAAGAAGCUCGUUAUUUCAGCGUAUAUAGCUAAAAGACAACCUGUUGCCGAAGUUUCUGGGUGGGCUGUGGGUGACGCGCUUGUCUGUGGACUCAGGAGCUGGAUGGCCUCCGUGGUGACCGUGAAGAGGGAAAAGCGGCCCGCCCAGGAUGACGUCGAGUCCAACGGCAAAAAGCCCAGGAAGCUGCUGCCCAGCCUGAAGACCAAGCGGGCCCCGGAGCUGGUGCUGGUGAUCGGGACAGGCAUCAGCUCGGCGGUGGCGCCCCAGGUCCCGGCGCUGCGCUCCUGGAAGGGGCUGAUCCAGGCCCUGCUGGACGCCGCGGACGACUUCGACCUCCUGGAGGAGGAGGAGAGCCGGCGCUUCCAGAAGAGCCUGCAGGAGGACAAGAACCUGGUGCACGUGGCGCACGACCUCAUCCAGAAACUCUCGCCUCGCACGGACAACGUCCGCUCCACCUUCUUCAAGGACUGCCUGUACGAGGUGUUCGACGACCUGGAGUGCAAGAUGGAGCACGCGGGGAAGCACCUGCUCAGCUCCGUCCUGCAGCUGAUGGAGAGCGGGGCGCUGGUCCUCACCACCAACUUCGACAACCUGCUGGAGCUCUACUCCGCCCACCAGGGGGCGCGCCUGGAGUCCCUGGACCUGACCGACGAGAAGAAGGUGCUGGAGUGGGCGCAGGGGAAGCGCAGGAUGAGCGUGCUGCACAUCCACGGCGUUUACACCAACCCCAGCGGCAUCGUGCUGCAUCCCGCCGGCUACCAGAACGUCCUGCGGAACACCGAGGUCAUGAGGGAGAUCCAGAAGCUGUACGAGACUAAGUCCUUCCUGUUCCUGGGCUGCGGGCGGACGGUGGAGGACACCACCUUCCAGGCGCUCUUCCUGGAGGCGGUGAAGAACAAGUCGGACCUGGAGCACUUCAUGCUGGUGCGGCGCGAGGACGUGAGCGAGUUCAAGAAGCUGCGCGACAACAUGCUGGACAAGGGCAUCAAGGUCAUCUCCUACGGCGACGAGUACACCCACCUGCCCCAGUACCUGCAGCGGCUGGCCAAUGAGAUCUGCUGCCAGGAGGCGGGGGGCGUCAACGGCAGCGGUAAAGAAGAGGAUGAAGAGCGGGAUGACUUUGACUCUCCGAGGGAGCGGUCUGCCGACUGCCGGUGUUGACAGGUCCAGCAGGGUCCACAGAAGGUUAGGGAUCGUUCUCUGUCCCCGCGGUUGGAGGGGCCCCACCACAGAGAUCUGAGGCUUGGAUACACGCGACUGAAAGACUGUCAGACCACUGCUCCCUCCUGUCCCCUUUAUUCCCUGAAGCACGCUGGCUCUGUUCGGAAAGGGAGAGCCGCACAAAGACCCCCCCGGGGGCGUCUGCCACGAACGGCUGAUACUCGGCCGCUCACUCCAAAGGGAAAUGGAGGGAUAGAUAUUAAAAGGGCCCCCCCACCUGACUCACCCCCCCAUGUGAGACUGAGGGCCCCCCGCAGAGACUGAGGCGUCUCUAAUAAGGACAGAGUCCGGGCGCGAGCCCCCAACAUUGUACUGCAUGGGGAGGACAGCCAGGCUGUCCACAGCAAGGGUACUCUUCCUGUCCCAGUUCUUAUUAAAAACUACAAAGGCCAGCAUUCAUUUAAAGAAAUGUGUGUAUGUCCAGGCAUGGUACUGGAAUAAAAUGUUUAUUCCUAAUUUGGGGCAAUAACUGCAAUUUAAACUUCUUCCUCCCCUGAUAUUGUGAAUGGAAUGCUUGGUUUUGAACGGGAAAUCUCUUAUUGGCUGAUGCUACCUUUACUAGCAUAGGUUCAAUGGUGCAAAUCGCACGUGUUAGAAAGAUGUUAGUCCAGCAGUACCAUUCAGUGUACAGUAGAUUAAGUCAUUUGCUACGGCAUAGCCAUUACUGUGUUGAGGGGGGAAAGUAUGCUUGUAAACAGUUAUUGGUAAUCUUUUAUAUUUGCUGUAUUGCAUGUGUGGUCGUGUGGAACUGUUUGAAAUAUUUAUACAUUGUUUUAAAAUAAAUGUUUUUUUUUUCUACUUGA